CUUUAAUAUUUCAACAUAUGAAUUUGGGGGUGGCUCAUAAUUCGGUCCAUAGCAAUAAGCACAGUACCAAGAAAUACAGCAAAACAUAUCUGUGGCCUGCUAGUUAAACAAAUAUUUUAGAUACGUUAAAUUGAAAAUACUUAUAUUUAAAGGUCAUUCAUCAGAUUUAGUAAUGCAUCAGAUUUAAAGUCCAGCCAUACUGGUGAGAAGGAGAUGAGUGUUGAGCAGUGGCAUAAUUAAUUUAUAUAUGGCAGAGACACAUAAUUUUUACAUAUGUAUAUAUCAGUGCACUAAUGUUAGAUUUAUUUAGAGAAAACUCAGCUAGGGUUGAGCUGGAAAGGAGUGGAGAAGCCUUAAUGCCUUGACUGUUGUUAAUGGGUAUAACAAAAAUUCUCUGAGUGGGGUGGAGUGCUCUGUGAGUGGGGUACAGAGACAUUAAUGUGCGAGUCAUUAUUUUGUAGUGCUUUAGACUUUGUUGUUUGUUUUAACACUAUUUGCAUUAGUUUGGACAUGAGUCAAAGCAGCAAUGGAUGUGUGAAGAAGGUUAGCAGUGUGAAUCUCGACAAACUUAUAAAUGACUUCUCACAGAUAGAAAAGAAAAUGAUGGAAACCAUUGGAAAGAACAAUAUACUGGAUAUGCAGUUAGAGAAAACGAACUGUUUAUUAAAGGGAAUGCAAACAAAGGAAGUCUCACUUAGAGAAGAAUGUGCUACUCUUCAUAAUAUGAUAAAGGGGCUACAACAGACCAUCGAAUAUCAACAUAAUUUGAAAGGUGAAAAUGAACAACUAAAAAGAAAUGCUGAUCUUAUGAAAGAAAAGUUAAAAUCUCAUGAACAGGAAUAUAAGAAUAAUAUUGCCAAAAUUAUGAAUGAAAUGAAAAUCAAAGAAGAAGGACAUAAGAUAGAAAUAAGAAAACUUUGUCAGGAUAUGCAGAAUAAAAUUGAAUUAAAUGAAGAAAAGAAAAAAGAGCUGAUAGAGAAAAUGGAGGUGGAAAUUUCAGAGUUAAAUACAAAAUUACGAAUUCAAGAGAAGGAAAAACAAAAUGAAAUAAUCAAACUACAGCUAGAAUUUGAUGCCAAACUAGCAAGAGUUCAAACUAAAUCAAAAUCGUAUCCGGAUUCUACUGUUUUACCACAGAGUAUCUACAGAAGGAAACUUCAACAUCUUCAAGAAGAAAAAAACAAGGAGAUUGCAAUUCUUCGUGACACCAUUCGCGAUUUAGAGCAACGCCUCUCUGUUGGCAAAGAUCCUCAUCUAAAACGAAGACGUUUUUAAGCAU